UAAUACCGCUUCCAGUGUAGUUACGAGAUUCCCUUUGCAAGCGUCUGGUUUGACCGACAAAAUGGCAAAGCUGAAUCUGUCGACAAUCGUCCUCUGUAUCACCCUUGUGGUCAUCAUUGGCGUGUGCACGGCGAGUCCUUCCAGACCUGACCCAUCUUGCACUCAUAGGGCCUGCACUGAAGAAUUUGAGCCGAUCUGUGGCAGCGAUGGGAAGACUUACGACAAUCGCUGCUAUUUCCGCCUGGCUCAGAAAUGUGAUAAUCCCAGCCUCACGAUUCGCUGCUACAAGGAUUGUAACGAGUGUCUGAGAGGACGCUAAGCCUCCAGCGAGGAAAACCGAUCUUCCGAAGUAUGAUAAGCUUCGUCUUCGUCUCGGAAGAUAAAGCUAAUUUUUACAGAAUCCUCCGAAUUUGUUGCAGAUGAAGAUUGAAAGGCAUUAACAUCCCCCUGUAAUUGAAAAGCUACAGAGAAUGGUACAGCUCUAAAAUAUUUAGUAUCUCGUAAGGUACAUAUUGAAAUAAAGAAAUUGAAUGCAAAAUUAGUACUAUCCAUAUUCAUGAAAUAAAGAAGAACUUUAU